ACCAUUUAUUUUAAUUACUUUUCCCCAAAUCAAGCCUUCUUCCCCAAAUCAUCUUCUUCUUCCCUUCCAACACUCCGUCGAGCCUUCACUAUCCAUCACCACCAGUACUCCGUCACCAGUGUACUCAUCUCCGCCGUCGGCGGUUGAAGGACACGCGCCCCCAAAUGGAAAAUUACUUAACACCUAAUUCGACGAGAUGACAACUCUACGAAACAAUUGCUGCUUCCAUUCUUAGUCACGCUUCCUCCCCAUUUGGCCUUAGCUUUGGAAACUCCGUCGCAGUCCCUAAGAUGAGUUCAACAAACUUAAGUAGCAUGUAUGGUAUUGGAGAGGUUGGUGUGAAAGCUGUUAAGUCGGAGCAAGAUUACAUGCGACGAUCAAUGCAACUAAAUCAGACCCCCAAAUUUGAUUUAACAUCUCACGAAGAAUCCAAUUCCCUAAUUAGAAGGCAUGAAAGUGAAAAGAGUAGAGGAUCGACAUUCUUAAAAACUCAAGUUGAUGAUUCAAGCCUUUGCUCGACAUCAUCAAUAUGUUCUGCUCCGAUUUGUCGUCAGUUUUGGAGAGCUGGGAAUUAUGACGACAGGCUUAAUUCUAAGCCAGCAAGUCAAAAUGGCACCGGUUAUCUUCGGAUUCAUCCGAAAUUUCUUCAUUCGAAUGCUACUUCACAUAAAUGGGUCUUUGGUGCUGUGGCAGAACUGCUUGAUAAUUCAGUUGACGAGAUACAAAAUGGGGCCACCUUUGUCAUUGUAGAUAAAAUUUUAAAUCCCAGGAACGGAACUACAGCAUUGUUAAUUCAAGAUGAUGGUGGUGGAAUGGACCCUGAAGCAAUGCGGCGUUGCCUUAGUUUUGGGUUUUCCGAUAAGAAGUCAAAAACUGCAAUCGGACAGUAUGGUAAUGGGUUCAAGACCAGUUCUAUGAGACUUGGGGCCGAUGUUGUUGUCUUCAGUCGCUGCCAAAAGAACAGGACAUUGACUCAGAGUGUAGGUCUUCUGUCUUAUACAUAUUUAAUGCAAACAAGACAAGACAGGAUAGUCGUUCCAAUGGUCGAUUAUCAAUUCAACGCAAAUAGUGGCACAUGGAAUACAUUGCACAAUGAACAACAGCUUAAGAAUAAUCUUUCAAUCUUGUUGCAGUGGUCCCCAGUUGCCACAGAAGCUGAACUUCUAAAGCAAUGUGAUGACAUUGGUCCUCAUGGUACGAAGAUAAUAGUCUACAAUUUGUGGCAUAACGAUGAUGGAAAAAUGGAGCUGGAUUUUGAGUCAGAUCCCGAGGAUAUCCGAAUACUUGGGAAGGGUAACAAUAAUGAAAAAGUUUCUUAUAUGGUGGAAGCUUCUGAACGGCAUAUUGGUAACCGUUUUCGCUAUUCACUCCGUGCAUAUUUAUCUAUUUUAUACUUGCAAGUCCCGGAAAAGUUUUCCAUAUUAUUACGUGGACGAGUUGUUGAGUAUCAUAACAUCGCAGCUGAUCUCAAAUUUCCGGAAUUCAUAAUGUACAGACCUCAAAAUGUGGAGGGUUCGGUCCUCACGACAAUUGGAUUUCUGAAGGAAGCUCCAGCUGUUAAUAUACAUGGCUUUAAUGUCUACCACAAGAAUAGAUUGAUACUGCCAUUUUGGCAUGUGGUAACAUAUUCCGACAGUAGAGGCAGAGGGGUCGUAGGGGUUUUGGAAGCAAAUUUUAUUGAGCCUACCCACAACAAACAGGAGUUUGAGAAAACUCCAGUUUUCCAAAAGCUUGAAACCCGUUUAAAAGAAAUGACUCAAGAAUACUGGGAUUAUCAUUGUGGACUGAUUGGUUAUCAAGUUAAGAAAAAGCCUCGACCAAAUGUGAUGCCUCAGUGUGGUUCCGAUUCUCGGCUAAGUAAUGGUAUAUAUCAGCCUGUUAUGCUGAGUCGAGACUCCUCAAAAACUAUUGGUGCAAAAGCAUCACCCGCAGCUGGAGCUAGACGAGAUGAAGUUAAUGCCUCAUUGAAUUACGCGCCAGCAAAAUCUGGAAUGUCUGUGCCUUCCUUUCAUCAAAAUCCACAGGGAGUAACUUCCAAAAGGAAAGGACACGACCAUUUUGUAGAGCCUGAAAGGGUGAAGAGGAUUGGAGCCAUUGCAUCCAGGUCAACUGGCAGUGCUCAGGGUGGAGCUGUACAGAUUGCUGUUGACCCUGCAGAACUAUUGGAAGACCAAGAGGCUUCUGAAGUGAUUAUAGAAAACGAAAAGCUUCGUGCUCAGUGCAAGGAAUAUGAGACGACAGACGAAGAACUCAAUCUCAAGAUCACACGACUUACAACAGAAGUGCGAGAAGCACGACGUGAGUACGCUCGCUUGCUGAUAGAAUCGAAUUUAUUGGAGAAGGUUAAGAAGGAAAAUAGACAAGCUAAACCUGUAUGAUUUGUGUAAUUGUCUUGCUAUGACCUUUUUGUUCUUCCAAGUAGAGUACAGAUGUGUAAUUGUCUUUGCUAUGACCCUUUUGUUCUUGGAAAUAGUACGUACAUAUUUAAGUGUUAGUUUAUCUUGUCUUUAUUUAUUGGGGCAAUUUUCUACUAGUCCCUAAACCGUAAUAUUCUUUCAUUUUAGGACAUCAA